CCUUUCAUCAACCACAACCACGACACCGUCAGAGGGCGAGGCAUCGUUGACUUGAGUCUACUUCGCAGCAGCAUCUUCGGAACACUGAGCCAGCCAUCCGGUCGGUGAACCAUAUAUACGCCUAUGUCCGUCGACCUAGCCAGUCAGCAUGCACUCUUGAUAAACCAUGUUGAUCACCUGCGACCCCGCAUGGAGUCGCUGCGCCAAUUGCUGCAGUUCUGCCAGCCGUAUGUAACGGCGCGUCGAGAUAACAAUAUACCGUUCCAUCUGGUAGGAUUUGUCCUCCACGCUGACAGGUGGCUCUGGAGUCUACAUCAGUCAAUAGGGACAUGGAGGCAUUUUGACACUACGACGGUGCUUACUAACCUACUCCGUAUUGGAGAAGAAUUGGCGAAUCUGUACAAUUCGUGCCCGAGCAUCUUCUUCGAAUUGCAAAGCUCGUCCCGGAUAUCUUCACCGACGACGCUCGCAAAUUCGCAAGCAAAGUAUGAGAUGCAAGACAAAAUUGCCUUACUCAAAGGGUGUCUGAACUCAAGUGCAGAGGUUGAGAAGCUCAUGAAUGCAGACGCAGACGAUGCUACAGCACUCAUCGACGUCCUUGAUGACGCUAUGAACUCCAUUGAACCCUAUGACAGACUCUACAGUACGGUGUUUCAUACUCUACGCAAGAUAUGUGUCAAGCAGGGUAUCCUCCCGACCUCACUUUCUGCCGCGACGCGGGACCUGCUCAUCCCCAAGGACGGCCCGGUGGCUUUCGGUGGCUUUGCAGAAGUCUGGCGUGGCCGCCUCGGCAGACAAGACGUAGGCGUGAAGGUCAUCAGGAUAGCUGCGAAGGGUUCCGUUGAUUCUGUCCUAAAGAGUUUUUGUCGGGAAGCGAUCACCUGGAAACGACUCUCGCACGCUCGUGUUGUCCCAUUCUUCGGUAUAGACCGACAGCAUUUUCCGCUAAGCAUGGUUUGCAAAUGGAUGAUCGGUGGUGAUAUCAUAUCGUUUGUGAAGGACAACCCCAAAGCAAAUCGACCCCUUCUGAUUCUGGAUGUCGCUCAUGGCCUGGAAUAUCUUCAUUCAACCACGGUGGGCAUAGUGCAUGGUGACCUCAAGGGAGCAAAUAUCUUGAUUGAUGAGCACAGACGUGCCUGCCUGUCCGACUUCGGACUGACGACCAUCCUCUAUCAGCCAGAGACAAUUCACAUAGUGACGAACGUGUCUGUCUUUGCCUCGACGGCACGGUGGAUGGCACCUGAGCUCCACGACCCUGAUAAGUUCGGCCUCGAACAUGGCAAUCCGACCAAAGAGAGCGACAUCUACUCAUUCUCCAUGGUCAUGUGGGAGGUCUUCACUGAACGUUUUCCGUUCGACGAAAGCCGACUCGAUGCACAAGUGAUCAACAAGGUACUCACAGGGAAGCGACCAUUACGGCCCACAGAGUCACCCCCGCUUUCAAUGUCCAGCGAAGUGUGGGGGAUCAUGGAGAAGUGCUGGAGGGAGGAUCGGCACAAGCGUCCACGGAUAUCUGUGGUACUUCUGGAUCUGAAGAGAGCAUUCUACUUCAACGACAAAAGCAUUCCGAUUCCACACCAUCUCGAACUUGACCGAUAUACUGGCCCGUCGAAGGAUGAUAUUGUCCCGGGGACCAUCGAAAGGCGCUUGAAGAUCACUCUUAUACCAACUUUGAUCAUUGACAUUCUCCCGGAGAAACAAACCGUCGCGGCCGGCAAGUGGCUCAUGAAUUACACCUUAUCCUGGGAACGAUGUCGCGUGUUUCGUCCACUUGAGCAUCAUAGGGGGGACAUCAAGACCUCUUGGAGAUGCAAAGACGGCAACAAUGAGUCCCCUUGGGACUGCAGAGUGAGCAAACACGAUUCGCGAGACCUCACGCUGGAUCAGCUCUGGCAUUAUCGUGCCGUCAACAAGUAUUCGAUAGAAAUGCUAUACGUACCAGAACUCAAGUCGGCGAAGAUGCUGUCGGAAUAUUCUCCGACCGAGUCUGUAUGGUCGGUACGCUAUCGAUACCCCUUCUUCCAACGAGAACGACAGUUCUACAUUUCUCAAACCAUGUUUUUGGAUAAGAAAGCCAGGAGAGGCAUAGUAAUCUAUCGUCCCGUGGAGCUUCCAGGAGAGCGCAUCCCGAGUGACGUCGUAGUCGGACGAUACGCCGGCGCCGAACAAUUUGCAGAGCUCGACAAUGGACAGAUUGAAUGGCGAUUAGCGGAGACCUGGGCACUGGGGGGAAACUGGACGCCAUCCAACCGCCCUAGGGACGGUGCAAUAGCGCAGACUGUAGUGGACUUUUUCAAGUGGUUCAAUGCCACUGUCAGUACGGAGCGACGGCGGUCAUGGCCGAACUACGCCCCAGACUACCCCCCAGGUUGAUGAAGCCCUUCUCCGGUACAUCCACAACACCGGCCGCUUACGGAAACCUCGAGUUGAAGGACAGGACGGCGAGGGGAUAGACGGUCACACCCCAGAGGGGUUGCAGCGGAUGCGCGAGUCGACACCACGGCCAAUUCAUUUCAAUUCCUCGCUCUAUAUUAUCAUACUUUACCCGAAGCCUGGCGGACGGCUAUGCUACGCGACGAAGACAGGAGGAGCUGGCGGAGAUACGAUGCAUGUAAUGUCUACAUGGGGCUUCGCCCUCAGUGACAAUAAAGGGAUUUGCACGGAGCCAUCCAAAUCGUCUGCGUCCUGUCCAGCUCACGGCGUACGGACAGCAAAAGACAAC